GGGGCCGUGCCGAGCCGUGCCGAGCCGUGCGGGGCCGCGCCGGGUGAUGUCAGGCUCGAGGAGGAGCCUCGGCCGCCUGCCCUUUUACUUUCGGCCGCCGGCACUUGGCCGCAAGCUGCCGCCGCCGCUGGCCGACCCCCCCCUUACCCCCCCACCCCCGGCGCUAUGGGCACCCCCACACCGGCCUGGCUCGUCCCCCGGCGGGCAUGUGAGCCCCCCUUCGUCCUCCUCCUCCUCCUCUUCCUCCCCGUCCCGUCCCCAGCGCCAUGCCGGCAGCCUGCACCCUGCUGGUGCUGCUGGGGCUGGGGCUGGCCCCGCCGGCCGGGUCGCUGCCCCUCGCACCCCCUCCUCCCCGGCGCCUUCCUCCUCCUCCUCCUCCUCCUCCACCUCCUCUUCCAUCGCCCCGCAGCCGCCUCGGCCGCCCCUGCUCGCCGCCCGCCGCGGGACACGCCGGCCGCCCCGUCAUUGACAGCCAUCAGGCAAGGAGAAGUUCGGACACGGCAAUGAGGACUUCCAGCUCUCUCGUGGGUGACAUGGAGCUUGUAACGAUGCUGGCCAGCAGCCGGGAGCCAGGGGCAGACCAUUUCAGGACCCCCACCAGCACUGGGGCUUUCCCCCUGCCAGGAGCAGGGGGCACAGCGAGCAGCCCCCCUCCCGCUGCUGGAAGCCUGGUGAGAGGCAAGAGGGCGCUGGCUUCUCCUGGAGACCCUGCAGACACAGAGACGAUGCUGACAGCGGGGCCAGCCUGGUCCUCAUCCCCAGCUUCGUGGGCCCACAGGGUGCUCCCCAGCACCCCCGUGCCUGGCUCCCCGGCACAGCCCUCAUCCUCCCACCCAUCACUCAGCACCCAGCCUGGUGUGAGCAGUGCCACGCUGCACUCUGAGGAUGCCACAGGAAACUCUGCAAGCCCUGCACUUACAGCAUUGCCUGCCUCUGAAAACACUUCCAGAGCCGCUGGAAGCAGCUACCAGCCGUCCAACAGCUCAGCAGCAGAGAAGAGAAUUUGGGGGUUUCACACCACCAGCACCUUCAUGUCCACGACAGCCACCAGAGGUGCCGGGAGGACGUUACGGUCUCUGCCAGCCAGCACCAGACUGGCACAUGCAGCAGAGAUUUCCACCUCUGGUACAGAAACCAUCUCCUCUCCAGACCAGACCCGGUCCCCUGGGCCAUCUGUGGGAGCAGAAGCUGGUGGUGGCACGGAUGCCAUCGUACCCUCCACAGCCCCGCAGCUCGCCCACUCAUCAUCUGCCUCGGACAGUGCUGCCACGUCUUUUCACAGCAGUCAUGGACCCAAGAGCAUCCCAGUCACAGGAGAGGCAAUGCUGCACUCAGAAGUGUCCUCCGUGCUCACCAGUGUGGCUGUGGGGACACCAGGGUCCCCCUCGAGCUCUGCCACCAGCACUGACUCCACCAGCAGUUUGGGACAAACCUUGUCUUCCUCGGUGGCCAAGGCACACCAAACUGAUGGCUGGCAGGGAGACACAGACCUCACUGAGCAUCCCCAGGAGCUCAGCAGCUUGCUGUCUGCCUCUGCACAUGUUUUUACAGGUAUCAGAAGCAGCCGCCAACCAACUGACACAUCGACGGCGGAGAAAGAAACCUCAGCUUCCUUUACCACCAGUGCUUACGUUUCAGCCACCGCCACCGGCAGCGGAGGGAGGCCACCAAGGUCUGUCACAAACAGCAGCCACUGGGCGACAGAAGUCUCUGCUCCCAGCAGUGGCAUGUCCAGGACCUCGGGCACCAUCGGAUCCUCACCUGCCUCUUCUGUAAGAGCGACCUAUGGAGUGCAUGGGGCCAGAGAGACCACAGGUUUCAGCCAGCCUGUGGAAGACCCUUUGCUGCUACGCUCUCACUCUCCUGCAGAAGGUCCUACAGCUACUGGAAGCAGCCUUCCAUCAUUCAGCAUCCUGACAACGGAGGAGAGAACUGAUUUUGAUGCCACCAGCUCCUCCAUGUCCACAACAGCCACCAGAGGUGCCGGGAGGACGUUACGGUCUCUGCCAGCCAGCACCGGACUGGCACAUGCAGCAGAGAUUUCCACCUCUGGUACAGAAACCAUCUCCUCUCCAGACCAGACCCGGUCCCCUGGGCCAUCUGUGGGAGCAGAAGCUGGUGGUGGCACGGAUGCCAUUGUACCCUCCACAGCCCCACAGCUCGCCCGCUCAUCAUCUGCCUCGGGCAGUGCUGCCACAGCUGAAGGAGCUAUAACAUCAUCCAGGGGACGAAGCCUGCCUGAUACUCCUCUGACCAGCACGCCCAGCUCGGUGACAGCCACCAGCGGUGGGGAGAGGACCGUGGAGCCCAUGGUGGACACCAGCACAGGCGACUCUGCUCCUGCUUCAGCCAGCACCAGCUCCCUGGAUAUUGUCCUUCUGCUGUCUUCAGUGACAGAGCCCAGGAGGCAGAGAGAUAUUUCACAGACCAAUGCUGGCCUCGUUGAGCUUCCAACAAAGCCACUGCCUGUGUUUCCUCCUGGUGUUUCGGUGCCUUCAUCUUCACCAAGUGCUUCAGUUCCAGAGAGAGGGCAGUGGGUUUCUGGUGUUCCUACUGAGACCACGUAUGUCUUGACCGUGCUCUCCACCCGUGGGGAGGGGACAUCUCGGGACGAAGCUAACCGCAGCACAUGGAGCAUGGAAAUGGAAAGUCCCACAUCCCAUCCGGGCACAGCUGGGGAGCCCCACUCAGGCCCCCUCCCAUCCUUCCCAGCAUGGUCUGGAGGGGAACACGUCUCCUCUGACUAUGCAGGGUACACAGAGCCCAAGGUCACCCUUUCAUCCAGAGUCUCCACCUAUUUCUCAGCCUCCGGUGAACCUUCCACUGCGGGAAGCAGCCAUCGUUCCCCCAGCAGCUUGAGUACAGAGGAAGAGAUUUCCAGCUCCUACACCGAUGCCUCGCACCGUUCAGCCACGUUAGCUGGUGGAGAGGGGACACGGGUGACAAGCAGUGAUCUGGCCCAUAGCACAGAGAGCUCCGCUUCCUACACAGAGACCGCCAGCUUGUCAGAGCCGAUUUGGCCAGCAUCAGCAGACCAGAGCAGGACAGUCAAUGCCUCAGUUGGCAGCACAGGCUUCGCAACAGAGACUCUCUUCACACAUUCUUCUGAGAUAGCCACUGAUCCGUCUUUCCAAAAUGAUCUCACAAGUUUUUCAAGUAGCCAUCAGCCAGUCAGUAGCCUUGAUGCUGAGAAAAGGACCUCAGUUUCUCAUACGGAUGGCACGUACAUUUCAACCACGUACACCAGAGGAGGAGAAAGGACCCUCCUGUCUAUCUCAAAUAGCAGCACCUCUGCUGACUCCUCCGAAAGUUCCACCUUUUUUUCAGAAAUUUCCAACCCUGCUGACUCAUCAAAAUCUUCCGUGGCACAGGACAGGAGGAGCAAUGCAUCCAGCAAUGGCAGUUUUGUUGAACCAUCUACGGAGCCGUUGUUGGUGCACUCUUCCCAGCCAUUGACUUCUGCUUCUGUAGGCAACACACAAAAUACGACUCUCUUCGACACUGACUCCGAGGUGUUGCCCACUGGCAGAUCAUCUCUGUCUUCAUCAGCAUUUCCACCCUCUUCCUCAGCGUCACCACUGCAUCACUCGCUCACAUCAACACCACCACCAACUUACCUGUUGGCAACAUCAGAGCCAUCCGAGAUGCUCUCGUCCUCUGUGAUGGCAUCUUCAGCCCCUCUGCAGGCUUUGUCGUCCUCUUUGUCCACUUCCUCGCUGCUUUCGUCAUCGUAUUCAUUACCAUCGUUACUGCCUCUGUUUUCAUCACCAUCAUCCGUCUCACAGUCCGAUGACAGCAGUCGAAUAAGCACCCCCGUAGCUACGACUGCGGUCAGGCGGGUGCCCUCCACGGCCGCCGUGGCUGGCAGCUCACCCAGGGAGACCAGCAAGCACGGUGGUACUCGCCAGCCCCCAAACACCACCACCUUCACCCCCACCACGUCUCCCCCACUCCCCACGACGCCCAUGGAGCUGCUCGGUGGCCGCAUUGCAUCCACGCCUGCUCCCACGGUGGUAACGGAGAACACCUCACCGAGAGCCGCCACCUCCCAGGGGGGCACCGCUGGGAAGGCGCCGCCGCUGCUCACCACGGCCAGCGAAGCCCCACGGGCAGUGCUGACGGAUGCUCCCCUCAGCACCUCACCAAGUGCAACAAGCCACGGCGCCGUCGUCCCUGCAGUACCAUUAACCACGGUGAAACCCCUUGUGCUGACAACCCCGGCCAGCCGCCGGCCAACCCCGACUGAUGCUAGCACCACAAAACCUCACAGAACUCAAACGCCCGCUGCUACUAAACACGUUUAUACCCCUGGUGAAAGGACAGAAGCUACAGAUCUCACCACUUCGAUACCUAGUAAAGUCACCAAGGAAAACAUCCCUGCUACAAGUCCUCCUGAAAUCCCUCCAACCAUUAAGACCACUGUGAGCGUAAGAACUACUUUGGCUGCUACCAAACGCACAACCAUCCCUCCACCAAGUAGCACAGCUGGCGUGAGGACAUCUCCAGCAACAGAUGUGGAUAAAUGUCUUUCCAACCCUUGUCCCGCACUGGCUACCUGCAACAACACCCAAGGUUCCUAUGUCUGUCAGUGCCCUCUUGGAUAUGAGCUGGAAAAAGGAAAGUGCAAUUUGGUAAGAAUAUUCAUUGGCCAGGUCCCCCUGAAACCUAACGUGACCCACGGGAAAUAUGCAGAUCUCAAGCAACUGGAGGGUGAAAUCCUGGCGAUGCUGGAUGCCUCGCUGUCAGGCUUGCCUGGGUACCACCACUCCACAGUCAAAGCCACCAGGGAGACAAAUUUUGUGCAUGUUUCAGUGCAAUCCACGUUCUCUUUAGCAUCCAACGUGACUUUCUAUGACAUUGUCGGCAGCGUGCAAAGCUACAUUCGGGCUUGCAAAUCCCCCACUGAUUCCUGCCAGUUCAUCUCCAGCUUGAAACCACUCCACAGAGUUGGCAGCUUGUGCAAGCAGAAGGACCCCGAAUGUGACAAGGAGACUUCUGAGUGCACCGACUUCGAUGGGGUUGCGCUCUGCCAGUGCAAAAGCGGGUACUUCAAAUACAACAAGAUGGACCAUUCCUGCAGAGCCUGUGAAGAUGGAUAUAAGCUGGAAAACGAGACCUGUGUGAGCUGCCCCUUUGGCUUAGGCGGGUUCAACUGUGGAAACCCAUACCAGCUCAUCACUGUGGUGAUUGCGGCUGCAGGAGGGGGACUUCUGCUUAUCAUGGGCAUAGCGCUGAUUGUCACCUGCUGUCGAAAGAAUAAAAAUGACAUAAGUAAACUCAUUUUCAAGAGUGGGGAUUUCCAGAUGUCACCAUAUGCUGAAUAUCCAAAGAACCCCCGAGCACAAGAGUGGGGCAGAGAGACCAUCGAGAUGCAGGAGAACGGAAGCACCAAGAACCUAUUGCAGAUGACAGAUGUGUAUUACUCGCCAACUGGACUGAGAAAUCCUGAACUGGAAAGGAAUGGACUUUAUCCUCCCUACACUGGUUUGCCUGGAUCUCGACAUUCAUGCAUCUAUCCUGGACAAUACAAUCCAUCCUUCAUUAGUGAUGAAACCAGAAGAAGAGACUAUUUUUAGCAGGACAGAGAGGGAGUGGAAGACUGACGCAAAUUGGCCCUUGAUCCCCAGGUACAACGUGUCUCCUGGCAGUUCAGCCCACACCAAUCUUACUCUUCCCAUAUAACAGGAUGAUCUUUGAACUCCAUGCCAAGCAUUGCUGCCCUGAGGAAUGGUUACACUUGCUGAGCAGCAGCGAGGAAGAGGAGGAGGAGGGAAUGGCUCAAUGUGCACAUCAGUAAAAGACCCAAGUGGAAGCUCACGCGUGUACUCCGGUUUUGUUCUGUGCUGUUUCUUCACCCUUCACGCUACACGGCAAGCAUCGAUAAGUACAGGCAGAUGAACUGUUCCCAGCACCCAGUGAAUACCACUAGGGAGUGUUUUGUUUACAGAUCUUGUUCACUGUUGACUGUGCUUGUCUUCUUGGCUAACCUUCAUGCAAAGAUUCACCAUGUGACUGGUUUUGGUAGGGCAAGUUUGUCCACCCCCAUUUUCCCUUGCUGCAUUGCUUUUUGCAUCGUAUGUGACAGAAAAUUGACUUGUCCUCUGGCCUUGAUCUCCAUACUGGUAGAAGUUCUCCAAAUGGCCUGGGCCCUUACUGAAGGCUGGUGCUUGGCAGUGUUGGCUGAAUUCGUGGGUUGAUUGUCUCCAAGGAGUAGGGGAAAGUUAGUCAUACCACUGCAGUUCAAACUGAAAACAGGCACAGUUGAUUGUGUAGCUCUGAAAACUUACAUAUAUAGGGAAGAGUUGGUGUAUGUUGUCGUUCUGUCAGCCAGUGUGGUUCAGAAGUGGUGACACUACACAUCAUCACAGUGCUUCUGUGUAGGACCUUUUGAGGCUGUUUAUUUGCAGGGAUUUAAAGGCUUAUAAAAACAGCUAUGAAAUGUAAAAUUUUAUCACUUCGUUGCUCAUAAGGAAGAAAAACAUGAUCUGGGAAUUCACCGUGCCUCUUAUGUGGAACUCAAGGAAGGAGCAGUAAGGCUGUGUCUCUGGCUGGGUAGGCGGCACGUGAGUUCUGGGCAAUGUGGGUGGGACGUAGUUUUCAGCCCUCCACAGCCACCUUGACUUCAGGAGGAGCUAUAUCAAAAUAGGUCGAUUUCUUCUGUCCUAGUUUCGAGUGAUUCAAACCAGGCAGGUUUCCCCAUCUGGGCGUAAAUUCAUAUCAAGCACCUUGGCAAAAGCAGAAGAAUGUAAGUUAUUACAUUCCUCACCAAAGAUCAGAUCAAAAGUUUAUUGACUUUUUUUUCUUUACAGAGCAGGGUGUCAGAAGAGAUCUUAUUACUGAUGUAUAUUUCCCACUUAUCUUUACCACAGAGAUCUAAACCUAAAUCAUCGCAACCGCAGUGCCUCUGUAUGCCUCACCCCUUACCCACUACCAAUAACAGCCGUGUGAUCUUGCAGAAAAACAGAUCUUUCGGAUGCCUGGGGCAGCAUGCUGUGCACUGACGUCAUUUUAUGGUGACAAUGCAUGUGACUUAAUCCACAAUCAAACUUGCAGGUGGUAGUACACUGCUUAUCUCACAUGUAGGCAGGGAAUGGAUGCUUAUGCUGCCAAAGGAACUACAUUUAAGGAACACUCCAGUUGCAGUAUCCAAAAUAAUGUAACAAGUAAAACAAAAAUUAACCGUUCCCAGUGGUUUUGGUCUGCGAAUGACGCUCUUCUCCUUGUCACUAGCAGCCAACAUCUUAAUUUCACAGGGUCCACUGGAUGAUGUGAAGCAAGGGCUUGGCCCUGCUGUGCUCUGAGGUCCUUCAGAGGGUGUUGGUAGGGGUUGUUCUUGCAGGGGUGAGUAACGCCAACUCUAGUUUUGAGCAUGCCUAGGAUGGAUGGGACUGCCUCUCCCAUGGUAUGGAGGAGGGUUUUGUCCCUAUUACGGAUGAAAAUGGGGAAGCUGGGACUUUGUGCUGGAUCUAAAUCCAAAGUGUAUAGAUGAGCACUGGAAUCUGUCUCUGUCUACUAAAGAAGCUUAUCAAAAACUAAGCAGCAUGUCUCAGCAGUGAUGGUAGGAUUUAACUGCAUGCCAGCAUUUCCUCAGACAGGAAAGGGUUUAGGUAUUUACUUAUACAAGGUAUGUUUAAUCACUUGUUUAGUUUGAAGGCUGUGAAAUGUUCCUUUGUGUGACAGGUGCCAAGACAAAGUAUGAAAUACCAGCUCACAAAUGCAGAUUAAUCCUUCUGUAUAAAGUGUAACAUAUGGGUUAUAUGAGCAAAACUCCUGGUCUGUAUCAUCUCGCAGCAAUUUGCAAAUUGUCAGUGUCUCGGUAAACCCAGCAGGGUUUUCUAGGUGAGGACUGCAAAACCUGGCUCUUUUCCAAAAGAACAAACUUUGUUGCAGUGGAGUUUUGUCUCUGCCAGAACAGGUAAAUGUUGGGGAAAUUAUUAUGAAAUUAACCCGUUGCAGCUUCCUUUUAGUUUUGGUGAGAAAAAAGUCAGUGCUUAUCCCACAGGAAAAUGAAAGGGGUCUCUGCUGACCUGCCCCUGCCAAGACCUUUAUUGGUGUUCCAGGAGGGGAAGGAAGAGGAGAGGAUCUGGGGAGGUGACAGCCCCGAGGUCAGUGCAGGUGCUUACCCGCGUGGGGACCCAGGAAGUGUCAGCCAGCGCUGCCGCUCCCUGCGCUCCCCUCUGUCUGCACCCAAACCCCACCGGCUCCACAAAGGCAGAGAGGAUGGGUGGAGUGCAGCGUGUUUUGCCAUGGUUUGACAGUAGCUUUACUGCAAUUAAUUGGCAAUAAAUUACUACUGCGUCCCAGUAGCAAUGGGAUCUCCCAGCUGCGGCAAGGAUGUGACUUGUUUCCGUGCAGUGUGCCUCUGCUGAAACUGCCACCGGGAUCCUCUCCAUCUGCUUGUCUAGUUGCCAUCAACUAAGCACCCUUGGUAGUGGUUUUAGGUUUUGUUGAUCCUGCUGGAUAUAAGUCAGGUCUCCAUGCGCCCUAUCAGUCCCUCAAGUCCACCUUUGAAUAUGGAUAACUCUCCUAGGGUGCCUAAGUAAGUGCAGCUUGUUUCUCAGGCUAUUUAGAUUGCUUUUAGCUACCCCAAAUUGCAAAUUUGGAGCACACUGGAUGCUUUUGCCAAGGAUAAUUGCUUUCAACUAUCCAAAAGGAUAAGAUGGAAAUGGCACGUUUCUUGUAAGAAGACUGCAAGUGGCUCAGACAGAUGUGGGGAAAGGAAGUAAAGCCACACCAAUACUGCAUGGAAAUCUGCUCGUACUCCUGGCUGAUGUGUCCAGCUGAGCUGUCAGCAAGGGGCCACGGGCAGGUGUGUGGGAGUAGUUUUGAUCAGCUUUGGGGGGAAAAAAAGCUAAUUCUGUUGCUUGAAAGAGAAGGAUGUAGGAGGCAUAUGUUUGCUGCUAUAGUGCUCUGACAACUGUGUUGACAAAAGCCCCUUGCCUAGAGAAAUACCCCUGGCAGUCAGCCUAGGAGAGGCAGUCAGAAUGAACAGAGCAGUGAGAGGCAGGCUGGAGGGGUCAUUGGAAAGGGAUGCAGCAGCCUCCCUGUGUCCCUGUCCUGCACUGCUGCUCAUCCUGGCUGACCCUCCCAUGCUGCACUGGGAAAGCAGAGGGCUUUUGCACACUGUUGAAACCUUGAAGCACUGAAUUUAACUGGCAUAAGGAGUACAGGGAACAGGGAUAGUUUGAUGCCUUUUGCCCUCCACAUAUUUAUAUCCUUUAUAGUUUAAGCAAAAGACUGGCAAUUAAUCUCAUUGCUUUUUCAGCAUGUCCCAUAAAGUUCCUCUGUCACAGUCAUAUACAGAGACACUGCCUGUGACCUGCCUUCUAAAAAUGAUUUGUUUCCACAACGAGCAAUAGGGAAAAAAAAAAUCUAAAAAUAGCAAUAAAUUGUAUUUACUGAGAGGUGUUUGUGACUGCAAAAUUGUGCCAACACUUGUAAAGGUUGUUCAGCAGGGCCUGAGAGAGCAGCAGAGUGGUUUUGGACACUGCUGCAGCCAUGUGAAGUGCUUCCCUGGGACAUGUUCCUAAUGCUGGUCAAUGGCUAUAUCCGUUCCAAAUCCAUCUGGACUUCUCAUUCCCUCAUAGUGAUGUUUAAUCUUUAAUUUUCUUCCUUAAAUUAACAAGAACGGAUGCAUUUUACUUAAAUGUUCUUCCUAUGCUGACUAUUGUUUUUUUCCUCUUUACACACAAAGGAUCCAAGCCAGCAUCCACUCUAGUGGGCUGGGAUAACUCUCUCACGGAUUUUAAUGAAGUUUUUUUAGGCCUGAAUCAUUCCACUGUCAGGGUCACUUGUGUGUACAAAAUGCAUUCCUUCAGCUCUGUUUUCUGCCCAUUUCUGUGACAUUGUUGCUGCCUUUUCAUGUCGUAUUUAUUUUUUGGAUAUAUCCUUAUUACUGUAGCAGAACCUGUAUUAUGUGAGAUUGAACAGGUUGUUCAAGAUUUGUAACACCUUUCUGAGAAGAGGAUGAAUGUGAAUUUUGUAAAGUGUUUUUGUUUUUUGUUUUUUAACUGAUCAGCCAACCUGUUUCCCAUUGUGUGAGAUUGUCUAGGGAUGUAGAGAUGCUUCAUGCAUUCACAGAUAAGAACUACCCAUCAGUUCACGUACUUGUGCCUUCAGAAAUGAAACAAGAUCUCCCAGUUUUGAAAGGGGUAAGCACUGUGUUCUUGUAAGUUCUGGGAGCCUUUUAAUGUGUAUUUAAUUCUUCGUUCCUUUGAACUGUUGGAAUUGAAAAGCAGGACAGAAAUCCGUAAAGAGGUAAAAAAAAAAAAAAAAAAAAGGAAAAAAAAAGGAAAUUUAGGAAAAAAAGAGAAAGAAAUGAAGAAAAGAAACAUACUUCCUUGUUUUGCAGAAGUAAACAUCGAAAUUAAGUGUAACACUGUGGCUUCUGUACUGUAAGGUUAUGUUUGGGAUGACACGUUUCUUCUGUGUGUGGUUUGUGUUGUGUAUGAGUAAUAUGGAAAACCUAAAGCAGGUGCCUAAUGUUCCUCAAAAGUCACAUGUAAAUGCUAAGUCCCCUGGUCUUCAUUCUGGUAAGAUGCUCAAAGGGAUGGGAGUCUUGCUUGGGUAAUUGCUGGAGCAGGUGGCCCACAAGUCUGUAAAAUCCGAUAUGGAAGAGUCCUGGGGAAUCCAGUAAGAAGUGAUCAGUUCUCUUGAGCAGUGCCACAGAAUUUGCCUGACAUAAAACGUCUGUUAUAAAAGCCAUUAGGGUGGUUAACUUUAAAGAAAAAAAAAAGACAUUAAAUAUUUAAUUCUUUCAUUAAAAAAGAAAAAGGAAAUUCUGUUAAACUGAGUCAUUUGUUUUGAGCCCUCUUAAAUUCUGCAAGACUUUCUCCUAGCAGAAGGCAAAAUCUUAUAUGUAAAGUCAUGAUAGUUUCUUUGAGCAGCUUUCAGAACUGCAGUUGCAAUACCUUUAGUGAAGUCUGUUUCAAAAGGUAAAUUUUAAGCAUUUGUUUGUGCUUCCUCUACCAACCUGAAUGUAAACCUGUGUUAUGUUCUUCACAUUGUCCUGCUUCCCUCCCUGUAGCUCUGAUUGUUCGCUUCCAAGUUGCUGGGGUUCUAAAGACGUUUUCCAAACCAGUAUUAUUUAAAGUUGUAUCAUAUUUUCAGCCUUCACUAAUUAUACAGUACUGUAGUAGCAAAAUAUAAUUUUUAAGGAUUGGACUAUUUUUAUACCUGCAUCCAAUAUUGUUAAAUCUGGCGUUCUAGUCAGUAUUAUAAAAGGAUACAAUAAAACUAUGAAUAUUA